AUGCAAUGUGUAUUAUGCAAGAAACGUCACUUAUUAUUCAAAUGUGAGGAUUUUAAAAAACUAACAGUGAAGGAGAGAAUAUCGCGAGCAAAUCAAUUAAAUGUAUGUACUAAUUGCUUAAAUACAAAUCACCAUAUUGAUAAUUGCCCAGCUUCAUUUCGUUGCGUAGUUUGCCACGAAAAACAUAAUACCCUGUUGCAUUGCGAAGAGCCAUCGAAAAAACCCUCAAAUGAUGCUGUACCUAGCACAUCAUUUUUUAGUAAUGAAAUUAAAUCACACGUCUUACUUUCGACAGCGGUCAUAUCAGCAUUGAAUAAGAACGGCGCUUGGGUUCCAGCUAGAAUCUUGUUGGAUAGCGGUUCACAAUCUAAUUUUAUAACGCAGGAAUUUUCAAAAAAACUUUCUUUAAAAUCACAACCGAUAAAGAUGUCCGUUUCAGAAAUUUCAAUUUUAAAUAACAAUGUAGAAAAAUUUUGGGAAUUAGAGAAAGUUGAAAAUGCAAAUUGUUUUAGUGAUUGUGAAUUAGAAUGUGAACGUCAUUUUGUGGCACAUACUAAUAGAAAUUUUGACGGACGAUUUGUCGUUCGAAUACCUUUUAAAUAUAAUAAAAUUGAAUUAGGAAAUUCGAAACAAAUUGCAUUGAAACGAUUCGCUCUUCUCGAAAAACGUUUUAAGGCUAAUACAGAAUUGUUCAAAGAAUAUAAAAACUUCAUAGAUGAAUACCUAAAAUUAGGUCAUAUGCGAGAGGUUAAUGAAUUUCGAGAACCAACAAACGCUUAUUAUUUGCCUCAUCAUCCGGUGAUUAAAAAGGAAAGCUUAACCACCAAGCUGAGGGUGGUAUUUGACGCCUCAUGUGAGACAAGUAACGGUCGGUCACUCAAUGACUUACAAGCAGUAGGGCCGACGAUACAAAAGGAUAUCUUUUCCAUUCUCUUAAGAUUUAGACGGCACAAGUACGCUUUGACAGCUGAUAUCGAAAAGAUGUAUCGGCAAGUUAUAAUUCACAAGGAUGAUAGGAAGUUUCAGAGAAUAUUUUGGCGCGAUAAUUCUAAUGAUUCUAUAAAAUGUUUCGAAUUAAAUACGGUAACGUACGGUACAGCAUCUGCUCCAUUUUUGGCCAUAAGAUGUCUUGAACAAUUGUGCAAGGAAAAUUAUGAAACUUACCCCAUUGAAUGUGAAAUAAUUAGAAAGGAUUUCUAUGUAGAUGAUCUAAUUACCGGAGCAGAUACUCUACCGCAGUUAAAAACUAUAAAGCAAAAUUUAUUAAAAAUUUUGAAUCAAGCCAAGUUUAAUCUACGAAAAUUUAAUAGCAAUCACGUAGCCUUUCAAAGUGAAGAUUAUAUCGUAAAUUUCAGCGAGAAACAAAUUAAAACUUUAGGGAUGGUAUGGAAUUCGUACUCUGAUAAAUUUGCAUAUACAACAGACAGCAUCACUAUAAGUAAUAAAAUCAGUAAGAGGACAAUAUUAGCCACUACGGCUCAAAUUUAUGAUCCAUUAGGCCUGUUAGCGCCAGUAGUUAUAAUUCCAAAAUUAAUCAUGCAAGAGUUAUGGAAGUGCAAAUUAUCAUGGGACGAAGAAACAUAUGUAUUUGCACCAUCCUAUCAUUUGUGA